AUGGUGGCAGUGACGGAAUACCGACAACAGGCUAAACAACCAUUAAAAGUUAACAGCUGGGGAACUGAGAGGUUAACUUUCCAACAAGCCUACAGCACACCAGCAGCCAACCGCGAGGCAGCGCAGAGACGACAGCUAUGGGAAGUGAAUGGUCUCGGACAGCAUACAAGCAUGGGAGAGGCUCAAAACCCCCGAGGCCGGAUGCCUUCAACAGGGAGGGUGAGGACGACGGAUGCACUAAACCCCAGAGGAGGGAGGAAUGAAGUUAGGGGACGCAAAACCCACUGGGGAUCGAGAAGCCCACGACAGAAGCGAGAAGGCCGGAUGGGCGGGCGGAGGCCCCUGCGACGAGCUGGCCGGGGUGGGAGGCCUGGGCCGCAGACUGGGUCGGACGCGGCCCAGGGCGCCCAGGAGCAGCCUCCAGCCCGCCGCGGCCCGCCGCAGUGGUGGCCGCGUCGCGCGAACAGCGGUACUGCGCUGCGGUCCCCCGGCCCCAACGGCCUCUCCAUGGGCAGCGCCCCGGGGUGUCCUGCGUCCCCUCACCUGGAGCGCAGCGGAACCGGCAGCAGUGGACGCAGGAACCGGCUGCAGCGGAACCGAGGGCGACCGGAAGUGAAAAACGGGGCCCGGAACCGGCUAACGAACCGGAAGUUCAGGUUGGAAACGGAAACGCGCUGGAGACCGCGCGGCUCUUUCCCGCGUUGGUCUUUGGAGGGGGCAAUCCUAGAUAGCCGCUGCCAGGGAUCCCCUCACCGGGCGAGGCAGCCGGGCCUUUCCGAGACUUUAACCACUGUGCAGAUAGCUAGGGCCCCGGCCGGCUGCCGGACCUCCCCUGUUUUGCGCAUGCGCCCGGCUGUGCCUUUCCCAGUCCUUUGUCUAGAGAGAGCAGGCUUUUGGGAGCAUUUUUUGUCUGAGCCUGCUGACAUUUCUAGGUUGCCUGCAUCUGUAGCACCCAGUCUGAGGAAUAUGAAGCAAAAGGAAAACCCAGGGAACUCACUGCCACGUCUUUUAAGGUUCCUGGGAGCUUAUUAAGUGCCAUGACAUUAGGGAAGAGGAAUCUAGUCUCUGACAGCCAUCCAUUCAAGCUAAUCUCUGCUGUGAAGUCCCUCGUCCCCUCAGUUUCACAGGAGCAGCUCUGCCUUGCUCCUUCCAAAUACCCCAUAGACCUGAGACUAUCCAUUCUGCUGCUCCUGCACCUUGCUGAGCUAUGGAAAAUUCUUUGAAAAUCCUUCUAACAACCAAUGUGUGCUAUGAUAAAUAAAAGUAUAUAUAUUUGGUCUUUGUUUCUGGUUCCUGGCACAGUGCUCCUAAAACUCUAGAAAUUUCCUGAUAGUAUUUAGUGUCUUUUGUCAUUCAUAACAAGCCCCUUUCCACCAUACCUG